UAGCUAUAUAUAUUUAACUAUUUAUGGAGCUGAUGAACUGAAUGAGCCCCUGAAACCUUUCUAUGACAGAGAAGUUUGGCUUAUGGGUGUGUACUAAUGUGUGAUACAAUCCUGUGUCAUUUAAAACCAAUUUUGAGAACAGUUAUAUCUAUAAGAAUUGUGUUCUAAACUAAAAAAAAGUAUUCUGUUACCUAAAUGCAGAACAUUCUUUGGGUUUUAGUUUUCCAGCCCUGUUCCCCCCUCAUUUUUCCUUUAAAACAAUUUACAAAAUAGUUACGGAUUGAGGAUUACUAAUAGUGAACGUGUCUUAAGGGAUAAGCCUCAGGCAUAAAGCUUCUCUUUGCACAGCCCCUCUGAGCUGAAGCAGAAGAAUAACCAGAAAGGGAAAAGGAAGGGGAAUGACCGUGGGGAUCCAUCAUUACCCAAUAAGAGAAUAAGAAUGUUUUUCGAACAGUUUGGAAGCCAAAAACAAACUCCCGAAGGCAACAUGAAUACACGGUUUAUAUACGAACUGCUAGGUGAAAAUGCCUGGUACUACAUCACAGCUUCCUUCGCUUUGUUGUGGAUUCUUGUGUGGCUGUACAGAGACAGUCUGGAGAUAGACAAUAUCUCUAACAAGUAUGUCUUUGUGACCGGCUGUGACACGGGGUUUGGGAACCUACUGUGUAAGAAGCUUGAUCGUAGAGGUUUUCGCGUUCUGGCCGGCUGUCUCACAGAGAAGGGGGCUGAUGAUCUAAAAAGAGCAGCGGGGCCUCACCUUAAGACGGUCCUGCUGGAUGUGACCAGUAAGGACAGUAUCCAGACUGCCAUGGAGUGGACCAAGAAGGAGGUUGGCGAUAGAGGACUUUGGGGUAUAGUGAACAAUGCUGGACGUUCCUUACCCAUGGGUCCUUCAGAGUGGAUGAGAGUGGAAGAUUUCCACAGCACAUUGAAUGUGAACAUGAAUGGGGUCAUUGCCAUGACUAUGACCUUCCUGCCCCUCAUUAAAAAGGCCCAAGGACGUAUUGUAAAUGUGGCAUCGGUCCUUGGCAGGGUGGCUGCAAAUGGUGGUGGAUACGGCAUCUCCAAGUUUGCAGUGGAGUGUUUCUCUGACUGCCUCAGGAGAGAUAUAGGCUACUUUGGAAUCAAAGUGUGCAUCAUUGAGCCGGGGUUUUUCAAGACAGCCGUGACCAGCCUGGAUCCCAUCGAGAGGGAGCUGCACCGUCUAUGGAAUCAGCUCAGCCCCGAAGUAAAAGCAAGCUAUGGAGAAAAGUACCUGGACAACUACAUCAAGAUCCAGCGUUUGAUCAUGAAUGCCGUGUGUGACUCAGACCUCACCAAGGUGACCAGUUGCAUGGAGCACGCUCUCACUGCGGCGCACCCACGCACUCGAUACAGUGCUGGCUGGGACGCCAAGCUUCUGUGGAUCCCUCUUUCCUACAUGCCUUCCUUUGUAGUUGAUAUCGGACUGAAGCUGGUGCUGCCUCGUCCUUCCAAGAGCGUUUAACUCGUCAAGACUUUAAAAAAAUGCCUUUGACCCAGCACAGUACCUGCUAUCCAUAGCCUACCUUGUCCAUUUAAUGAUCAGAUUGCUGUGCUUUUAUGUAUUUUGUGUAUAUUAUACUGUAUGCUAUGAUACUUAUAUGUACAUUUUUAUGUGUGUAUAAUUUUUCAAGAAAGAAUGGUCUGUCCCCAGUGCUUUCAAUAAAAACAAAGUUACAUUUAA